UGUCUCUCCCCUCAGGUGUGCCUCUUCCACUCCACCCUGCUGAUGAAGAGUGCGUUCACAGACAGUCUGUUCAGCGCCGAAGACGAAGCCUUCCUGCUCCAGCGGCUGGUGGUUCUCUCCCAGCACCCGCUGCUGAGCCCCCCCGAGAAGCUCUUCUACAUUGACUGCAUCCUGAGCUUCCCCGAGAACCGGCCAAUCGGGUGCGGCGACGACGCCCUCCCCGUGCUGCUGACCCCGCGGCUCGCCUCGGUCCUAGUGCCCACCGUGUUCAACGACAGCGCCACCUUGUUAGCCCGCCUCCACCUGCUGUGUCUGGUCUACCUGGAGGAAGAGGAUGAAGAGGAAGAAGAGGGGAGGGGGUUGGGUUACCUCUACGAUCACCUGACCUCACUGCUGCGAAUCGUGGAUAAUGGAGGCAGCCGGGAGAUCGUGGUCACCUUCUUCAGAGCCGCCUUCCUCUUCCUCUCCUACUUCUUCCCCGUGGAGCGCUUCUCCCACAGCCUGAUGGAAGAACUCUGUUCGCUCUACCUUCGUCACACCCACCUGGCGCCGCACUUCAUCAAUUUAGCCGACCACAUCCAGGAGCAGCUGUCCGAGUCCAACUGGGCGACGGAGUUUUUGAUGGCCCUUCAAGGAGCCAUCACUGACGCCGAACUCACCUCAAAAGACUUGCGCUGGCACCUCAAGAUCUUAGCAAGAGUGGCGGAGGAAGGAGAAAUCAAGCAGCAAAGCACCGUCGACUUCCUGUCCCACAUCAUCACUUCCUCGUCUCUGUGCGUGAAAGGCGACUGGCGCCUCGGGAACUUCCUCCUCGGGGUUUGCCGCCGCCUCCUGGUCCACCCGGGCUUCGACGAGCUGCUCAUCCCGCUGGCCGACGUCCUGCAGCAUCUCGCCAGUCGCUACGGAGACACGGACAUCCGGGAUCACGCCCGCCUCUACUACACCCUGCUGACCACGCUGUCAAAGGACAAGCUGGCCGGGGUUUUGUCGCAGGGAUACGGCGAGGGAGGCGGCCAGGCCAAGAAACGAACGUUUUCCUGCAUCGUGGCGGAAAGCGAAGGGUUGACCAGCUUGCUGACGGUCCACCGGGCGAAGAAAAUUAUCCUAAAGCUGGUGGAGGAGCCACAAACUGAAACAGGAAGUGGACUAAACCUAAAUGAGGAUAACCCCGAGGAGGCGUCCGUAGCGCUUGAACAGUACAGAGCCCAGUUUGACGUCCCUGGCUUCGCCUCAGAAAUCCCCCUCAACUACCAGCUGACUCACAGCGAAAGUGCAGACUCGUGCUUCGAUCAGCUCUUCAGUAUCCGCCUCCACUUCAGCCUCACGGACGACCACUACGAGCUGCUGGGAGACAUUAGCGUCCCGUGUGUGUUCAGAGAGAGGCCGCCGCCUAGCGUAAAGCUUAGGCUGAAACCCAGACGACCCCAACCCACCUCCCUCCACGCCAGCGCCAUCUUCACCGCCCAGGACGGCUUUUCCUGGCUCACAGAUCUCCCAGACGUCCAUGUAGCUUUCCAGCAGACGUUCCUGCCUCUUCCCGCCCCCGAAACCUGGGGACGAGGCGGCAGAUUGAGCUUGUUCGAUGGUUUUUGGGAUGAAAUGAGCCGUGAGGAGCCAACAGGAGGUGCUACCAGUCUGUUCUGCUGCCAGCUGCAGGAGGAGGCUCUGAAGACCCUGGUGGAGAAACACUUCCUCCCCUACCUCGUAUCAGAUCCGUCGGAUAAAGAGGAGAUCAAAGUUCUCUUCUUCCUCCCGCCGCAGUCUCACCUGCUGCUGAGGAUCCGCUCGGAGGAAACCGUGCACUUUAACGUGGCCACAGAUAACUGGCAGCUGCUGCCGCACAUCAACUCUUAUCUGCUGACUCUCACGUCCUCACAGGAAGACACACACACCUGACUGCUUACUAGCUUGAUUUUAUAUCAUUUUUUAAAUAAGCUGAUUUUUAACCAAAUCAUCACAUUUUUGUCAGCGCUUUAAUAACUCCAAUUGGGCUUUGUAAUAACAUUGCUGUAGACAUAUGAUUUCAAAUAAAAAUUAUUGCACUUUUAUUGUCUUGAUCUGAAAUAAAGAAAAUGUGUAUUUUA